AGCUGCCUACACCUUAGGGGUUUAUUAUCAUAAUAAAAAGAAUACAUGUAUAAAUCUAUACCACGAGUUGAGCAAAGAGCUUUGAAAUGUACACUUUGCAUGCGUCUUUUCUGCACGGAUUCCCGCACCUUCAUUCACAAUCAUGUACCGGUGUCACUGGUACUGCCCAGAAAAGACGGUAGUGACUUAAAUCAUGUUAGUUGGUGGUCGGCAGUAAAACACUUAAUAAGAGAACCAGUAAGGGUACUUAAGAGAGGCGAGUAAUAGCAGUCCCUGGCUCCAGGGAAUCGAACCCGGGCCCGCCAGCUUAUAGAAGAUGGGCGUGGCUUGAUUAUGUGAAAUAGGGGUUGCCCCACCCACAAUGGGGUUCCUUUAACACCCGAGGCGAAUGUUCUAUUGUUAAACCAAGUAGGUUAAAAAAAGUUAAACUUAACACCAUCACCACAGGCACUACGGCAAAAGGACCAGACCGUUGGCCUGGUCAGUUGGUUCGGCCCCACUGUUACAAAAUCUUGUACACGUCUCAAAGAUGGGCGUGAGCAUGAGCAACACCAAGGGGCUCGUGAGGCACGUGAAGGCGGGGCCUCGCGCCCUCAAGCCCGGCGGAGAGCACCCAGCUGCCGUCCGCACGAACGUCGGGAUCCCUGUGGUCGCACUCCUGAACCAAGACACCAUCCACCACGUCUUCAACACGGACCUGGUAGACAAGGAGCAGUACUGCCUGGGGUACGUCGGCGUGCGCUCCGAGCUUCUAAGGGGACACUGUCCAUCUAUGUUUGCAAACGGCCAAGAACACCGGAGGAAGAAAGCUUUUUUGAUAGACGUCUUCAGAGGAAGGCAAAAGACGCUUCCACCCGUCCUCUCGAGACAGAUCAUGGCUCACUUCAAGGAGUGGUCCCGACUCGAGGCGCUUGCGGAUUUUGAAGACAAGGUUUUCUUCCUGAUGAGUGACAUCCUGACGGAGACGGUGUUCGGGAGGAAACUGGACGGCCGGCUGGCUCUCCACUGGCUGCAGGGGCUGCCGAGUGUUCGGACGUGGAUUCCUUUUCCUACCAAAGCAAAGCAAGACCUUGCCGCUUCGGCCCUCCCUGUCCUACUGAAAUCCAUCGAGGAAUCACCGAACUACGAAGAGUUGAUCCAACUAAGCUACCUCCAUGACAUUGAAGAAGAAGACGCCAUAGACAAUAUCCUGUUCGUCAUAGUCUUUAACGCUGUUGCGGCAGUAUCGGCCGUUAUUGUAACUUUCAUCACUCGCUUACAUACCAUCACAGAAGCCGAUAGAAACGUCCUUCUUAAAACCACGCUGCAAGCUCUUCUGAAGCAUGAAAGCCUCUCGGAAGAAAGUCUUGGAGACAUGAAGGCCCUGGACAGCUUUCUCCUGGAGGUUCUGCGUCUUCAUCCACCAGUCUUCAACUUCUUUGGUGUGGCGAAAAAGGACUUUGCGAUUCCGACGGGGGUCGACAAAAAUGUUGAGGUCCGCCAGGGGGAGCAGUUGAUGGGAAGUUGCUUCUGGGCGCAGCGUGACGCAAAAGUGUUUCUCAGUCCCAAUGUCUUCCGAUGUUACCGGUUUAUGGACAGCAAGGAGCUCCUUGUGGACAGAGAACAGGACGGAGGAAAGAAAAGACACCUUAUCUUUGGUCACGGAAGCUUGACGGAAGCCGCUGAUCUAAGACAGCCACCAGUGCCCCGGACAGGACAUCGCUUUCUACCUGAUGAAAGCGACCCUAGCGGUUCUGCUGUGCUACUGCAGCUGGGAGCUGGAGGCCCUCCCUGUGUGGUCAGACAAGACUGCCAGACUGGGCAGACCGGACGACCUGGUCUCUCUUACAUGGUUUAACUUCGACUCAGACACGGCAAGGCACGUGCUGGAAUCGUACGAUUUGAAUUGCGAAAAAUGAUCGAAUUAUUCAACCAUUGCAACUAGAUGUAUUAAAGAUAAUUCCAUAGGAGUGGACAAAGUUUUUUUUUUUAUCUGUAGUAUUUGCAUGAAAAUUUAUUCCUUAUUUUGUCAGCUCCCUCUUUCAAAGACAUUCAAUAUUCCUAGUCUGCCCUGAAAAUAUAAAGUCGUGUUUUUUUAAGGAUGACAUGAUCAAGCAUGAUCAGCCACUUUAAUCAAUAUCUUCACAACUGAACUGAAUCAUCACUCUGCAGCAAUGUUACAGUAAUGUACAUGUAACUUUGAUGACGUUUUGUAUCAUACACUUAAUCUAUAGCAUUUUCUGGCAUUGUCAAAUACUUUAAUUAACACAUGUG